GCAGGCGCGCGCGCAGUUACGCACUCACACAGGCGCUCGCGCUCGUGCGUCCAAGCUUCCUGCCAAGCUCUAUAGUCGCGUUGUCCCACACAACACGAGCAAAAGGUUGUCGUUUUCAGCACGGGGCACAUUCUGCACCCUCUCCCUGCAAUAUGGCGACAGAGUUCCAUAACCUUCAGGAGCUGAGGCAUAGUGCAUCCCUGGAAACAAAAGUGUUUAUACAGAGAGACUACACCGAAGGAACCGUCUGUCGCUUCCAGACCAAGUUCCCCUCAGAGCUUGACAACAGGAUUGAGCGAACCUUGCUCGAGGAGACAGUGAAGACCCUGAACUCUUACUAUGUGGAGGCUGAAAAAAUUGGAGGUCAGUCAUACCUGGAAGGAUGUCUGGCUUGUGCAACAGCUUACAUCAUUUUCCUCUGCAUGGAGACACGCUAUGAAAAGGUGCUGAGAAAGAUAUCAGGCUACAUCCAGGAGCAGAAUGAGAAGAUCUACGCUCCUAGAGGACUGCUACUCACAGACCCCAUAGAGAGAGGGAUGAGGGUUGUAUCCUUCACUGUUCUCUCUGUCCAACUAGAGAUCAGUAUCUUUGAAGACCAAGGAUCAGGCACCUCCAGUCCCAGCAGCAGCAGCAUGUCAUCAACAGGCAGUGCCCGGUGACUGGAGGGGCAGCGCCAGGCUUAUGGGUACCACCACAGGGGCAGCGGGACACUUACCAACAUCCGCAUGCUGAAACAUGAGAGCACCAGGUUCUAAGACAAGUGGAGGGAAAAAGGCAAGGAGGUGAUCCACACCAUCCACACUCUCUCUGCUGGGGCUUACAAAGCACAACCUUGAGAACAGGAGCUGGCAAACACACUGGAUAUGCAACAGAAUAAACACACAUGUGACAGAACCCACACGUAGUCAGUAGACAUAUGUACAAGCCAGCAUCCAAAGUGUCUGAGGGAAUAUUCUUCACUCUCCAACAGCUAUCCAAACCAAAAUAACCAUGACUUUCACGUGUUCCAAUUUUUCCUUUCACAUUUUCUUUCAUUCCAUCACGUCUGUUUCCAUGAGUCACACCAUCUUUGUGGUACAUCUGAUUCAGCAGCCUUAUCCUUUAUUAAAAUGGAUAUUAAUGCUUGAUUGUUGUUUGGGGGUGGGGGGUUACUGUCACUAUGUCUAUCUGCUGUGAUGCAUUGGCAGUGUAGUCUUUGGUCGGUGCAGCAGCUCUGAAAUCUGAAAGGAGAAAAACCAGUAGUCUCCUGGGAGACCCGGGGUUCCUCUGCCUCACUGAAUGAUUGCAUCCAUUUCAGGUGGCUGGGGUCAAGCCUCUUUGAAUGCUGGCAAAUUGGUUGUGUUGUGGGACCACUUGGUUCUAUGCUUCAUUCACAUGCAUUUGGCCUCAAUAUCAAACAGCUAACAGAGCACCUUGGAUUAUUUAUACUUCUCAUUCACAGCAGUGAAUACUGGUGAUCCACAUCACAGCUGUAGGUCACACUCCUACGCCCGCUGGUUCCCCCCCACACACACACACAUACAUGAAUACAAAUGCUCACUGUUAUGCCCAUGUACUCAUACAGACACAUAGUAGUAAGGGGACAAGCAUGCACAUACACACAGACACACCUGUGGAUAAUGGCCAUGUGUUCCUGCACACACACAUGCACAGAUUCUGGCAGAUGUAGCGUUUGAGUCGACCUAACCAGACAAUAUUCUGUGGUCUCAGUUCAUUGGAAAUGUAAGCAAACCCAGGCCGUGUAAGGCCCUACUAAGUUUCCUAGUAGUGUACAUGUAUCUGGUUGUUAUGAGUGUGUAUGUGUCUGUGCCUUGCCUAGAGUGGGAUGCAAGCUCAGAAAGGAUUGGUGCAAUAAAUGAGAAGCAAACACACACUGACACAUUCAGAGAAACCUGAAAAAGUGUGGGUUGUUAUCUCUACAGCUGUGUUAAUGGGUGUUAAUGGUAAGUGUGUGUUUGUACAGUAUGUGAGUGUAUGUACUAUAUGGGUAGGAGAAUGAACUGACACAGAGCUCAGUAUUUGAACCUUUAUUAGUCUCUUUUUAUGACUCAUGUAGAUGCUGUUUUUUUUUUUGAUUAUACAAAUGAAAAAUCAAAACAAACGAACAUGCAAACAAGGUGAAGAUUUCAGAUUAAACAUUUAAUCAAUGUCUUGUUUAUUAGUGUCAUCUGGCAAUUUCACAGUUUUGUAUUACCAGAGAAUAGGGGAUCAGUAGAUUGUCACUUUGUCAGUGAAACACAUUUGUAGCCCUCUAGGGUCAGAUUAAGGAAGUUCUAAACUUCUGAAUGAAGAAUCACCAAAAAGAUUGAGUGUAAAGACCAAGUAGGUAUGAUUCAAACCAUCUGUAUCCACAUUACUUAUUCACUCUAGUGUGCUCUGCCACUGUUGUGCCUAUCUUCACUACACGCAAGAUAGUGCAGUCUGAGGGGCAUAAAUUCUGUCUCCCUUUGAGAGAAAUGGCUCAUCUUGACUGUAUAAUGUGUAUAUGUGUGUGCGGAGGCUGGAAAGACAAAAGAUGAUCAGUAUGUAGCUGAAAUGUCGAUGCCAGUAGACAGAAUACCCACACAUCUAACAAGAGACAAGACUUUAUGAAGAAACGGAAGGUUUCAGUGUCUGCAUAACGUAUUUCUGUUGGCACAUGUUUGUCUUUUCUUUCAUUUAACUCUUUCAAUUUUGUUUUCUUUAAACUCACCUCAUAAAACAAGCUUUUAAUUAACUCUGGGAGCAUUGUCCUUAGCCUCUUCUUUAGUCACAUAGCUAGCUACAAGUAUAACCCCCAUCUGAGCUGCUUCUUUGUGACCAGCCCCACUAUUAUUAGAGCAAGCUGAAGUUAAAGUACUCACUGGAAAGUCACUGUAGAAGUGAUGAUGUUUUUCCUCAUUCUAGUAGAGAUUUCAGCUCAACAUGUUACUACCUGGAUGAAUGAGCUGAACCUACACUGAUGUUUUACAACAGCAGCAGAGUUCAGUUGUGCUUGUGCUCACCCUCCUGUGCUUUCCGAUGCCUUCAUGUUUCACCACAGUGGAAUGGAUACCCAACCUGGGGCUGAUGGACUGAACAAUUUAGAAAUGACUCAACACUGCCAGUUCUCAGUACUAAAGGAGCUCAUUGGACAAUGUACAGUACAGUAUAAAGAAAAAACAGCGUGUGUAUAUGAACUGUAUAGGAGAAGAACUGUACUGUUCAUGCUUAUCAGCGUUCACCCUCACUGGCUUUUAUGAAGAGUAAAGAAGUGGCUAGAAAUGCCAUAAUGGUAUUUAAUUCCAAACAUUACUGUUGCACAGUACUAGUCUGCUAAAAACAUUUUUUUAUGUUUUGAUAUCCUGUUUAAAUUGGGCAUCAAUGACAGAGCAGCUAUAAAAGCUUAUCGUCUGUACAGCUGUGAGGCUGCUGUGUAAUGUCUUCUGUAGAUGAAGAUAAUGUAUUGCUGUGUCCAAAAUAAUGUUUAAUGUGUUGCUAAUGUUGCCUAUAGAAUUGUUAGUCAUAAUAACAAAGUCAGUUAUUAGUGUGCAGGUAAACAGAGGGGUGAUGGUGUUCUCAGGGGAAAGUCUAUGUACAGUAAUGUGCCAAAGUUCUUAAAGGAUAGGUUUACAUUUUGGCUUGGCUGAUGCAUCACUUUCCACACUGAAAUUUCUCUAUAUAACAAGAUAGACAGAAUAGACAUGUACAGUAAUUUGAUUCAGAAAUUCAGAAUGAAUUGUAAUGACUUUGGUGAGCCUCUGACUUUCAAUUUUGUGCCAUCGGGUAAAAUUGUCAAAAACACUGCCUUCAAACUCUUUAAGUGGCUCUUUAAUGGAACAUAUGGGCAUACGAGUAGUGUAUUAAGGUAGCCCUCAAAAAUGUGAACCUAUCUUUUUAUGGUGAAGAAGAAAUGUGUGCCAUAUAAUGAAGCAUUAUGUUGCUUGUUCUUUUGGGAAUGACCUCUUUCAUUACUGAAGACAACUAAGGGUGUGAAGACUAUGAUAUGGUAUUUAAUGUAUUCUUGUAAAUUGAGAUGUACUGUAUGUCGUCACAGAGCAGAUUAACUUUUGGGUCCUUAAACCUCUAUUUGUGCCACAACAUGUCUUUGGAAGAGCAGCUGAGAUAUAAAUCCUGUGCUGACAAGGUGCUGUAUAGUCCAUUUCAGUAUGUACAUUCUCACAUUAUUUCUGUACUGUAUCUGAGAGUGCUGCAGCUCCAUUCAGACACAUGGACCUAUCAGUAAGCCCAGACAACGUAUGUAUCUCAUGUUGUUUCAAGUGAAAGAUUUUUUUUAUAGUGCAGUAUGAUGUCUUUUUAAAAAUAUAAAAGAUGAUGUGUAGAGUC